CAAUGGGAGAGAUAUGAGUCCUACUUAAGGCUUCUCUCACCGCACAACAACAAUCCCUUCCUUCUCUUCUCACACAACAAACAUAUCUCUUCCUCUUCUGUCCCUCAAUGGAAGGAUCAGGAUCCGGUGUGGUUACAGUCUACGGCAACGGCGCCAUCACCGAGACCAAGAAGUCCCCCUUCUCCGUCAAAGUCGGCCUAGCCCAGAUGCUCCGCGGCGGCGUCAUCAUGGACGUCGUCGACGCCGAGCAGGCCCGCAUCGCGGAGGAGGCCGGUGCCUGCGCGGUGAUGGCCCUGGAGCGUGUCCCCGCCGACAUCCGGGCCCAGGGCGGCGUGGCCCGCAUGAGCGAUCCGCAGCUCAUCAAGGAUAUCAAGCGGGCCGUCACGAUCCCCGUGAUGGCCAAGGCCCGCAUCGGCCACUUCGUCGAAGCCCAGAUCCUCGAAGCCAUCGGCAUCGACUACGUCGACGAGAGCGAGGUCCUCACCCUCGCCGACGACGCCAACCACAUCAACAAACACAACUUCCGCAUCCCCUUCGUCUGUGGCUGCCGCAACCUCGGCGAGGCCCUCCGCCGCAUCCGCGAGGGCGCCGCCAUGAUCCGCACCAAGGGCGAGGCCGGCACCGGCAACAUCAUCGAGGCCGUUCGCCACGUCCGCUCCGUCAUGAGCGACAUUAGGGUUCUCCGCAACAUGGACGACGACGAGGUCUUCACCUUCGCCAAGAACAUCGCUGCGCCUUAUGACCUCGUCAUGCAGACCAAGCAGCUUGGCCGCCUCCCCGUUGUCCACUUCGCCGCCGGCGGAGUCGCCACCCCCGCCGACGCCGCGCUCAUGAUGCAGCUCGGCUGCGACGGCGUCUUCGUCGGCUCCGGCGUUUUCAAGAGCGGCGAUCCCGCGAAGCGCGCCAGGGCGAUUGUUCAGGCCGUGACUCACUACAGCGACCCUGAGAUUUUGGCGGAGGUUAGCUGCGGAUUGGGUGAAGCCAUGGUUGGUAUCAAUUUGACCGAUGACAAGGUUGAGAGGUUCGCCAAUCGCUCUGAAUGAAAUGAAUAAUAAUUCUCAGAUUUGUUUCUCUGUGGCGCUUCAAUUUGGACUAUUAAGGGUUUUAGUUGCUUCUUAUAUAUUAUAAUAAGGUUAUGUUUUUAGUUUUCGGUGUUUUGAACCGUGUUAAUUGGAUUUUAGAAAAACCAAAAAGAAAAAAUAGAUUGGUAGCUAUUUGGGCAUGCCUUGUAAUAUGCCUAUACUUGUUUUUACAUAUUCAGCGUCGUGGUAUUGUGUUGAGUUAGUAGUGCGUUCGUGGUAAACGAGAAUCGAAUCAUUCUUGUUUUUGGAUAUUCAAUCCUAUUUUUGGGUUUAAUUUUUUUUAUUGGAUUCAAAGUCUGUUGCUUUCAGCUUCUCGUUCUAGUUUUUGCAUUAGUUGAACGAGUUCGAUUCGAAAUUGGCAAUUUUUAUGUCCGCUGAAGUGAAAAUUGGAUGCUGAAAAGGAAGGUUACUGUUCUGUGUAUCUGAAUAUCAAUUGUAACUCAAUUCACUUUAUUUGUAAUUUUUGCUCA